AUGAGUCAUCCUUUGAUCAUCGCUCUUCUUUUGGGAGCUGUAUUGGGUGUCUGUUCACAAGUUCAGGUGUAUGUGGAUAUGCAUGUUGUUGCCUGUCAUACUAAUGACAUGGAUCCCGAGGACGAGAAACAGCUGGAUGGAAAUGAAAUGUAUUACCUUGAUUUUAAAAAGAAAGACGUUGUGAUCACAAAACCGCCAAGUUUAGGACAGUUUAGCGUUCCACUCUGGGUGCAGUAUGCACUGCUGAUGCAUAAGGUUUGCCUGUACAACCUGUAUGUGGCUGUCGAAGCUGAAAACUACCCACCUGAGCAGAUCGAUCCUCCUGAAGUCAUAGUUUAUCCCAGGAAUAAGGUUUUACUUGGCAGAAGAAACAAGUUGAUCUGCUUUGUGAACAACUUCUUCCCACCACCUGUGAAAGUGAAGUGGACUAAGAAUGAUGUGGAGGUGACAGAGGGGGUCACUCUGAGUCGCUACUACCCCAACAAGGAUUUCACCUUCAGACAGUACUCUACUGUACCCAUCACCCCACAGGAGGGGGAUGUUUACUCCUGCACUGUGGAGCACAACGGGCUUCCUGAACCUGAAACCAGGUUCUGGGAGCCUGAAAUUCGGGAAGUGUCAGACAUUGGAAAGACAGUUUAUUGUGGAGCAGGACUAACUCUUGGUUUGUUGGGUGUGGGAGUUGGAACCUUCUUUCUUGUAAAGGGCAUCAGUUGCAAUUGA